AUGCACCAACGCAUUGACAGCUUAGAGUUGUCUCAUGGAAGCUCCAAAGGCAGCCGUGGAAAGGCUUAUGCACAUGAGUCUACCGACUCUAACUCAGACAACAACUAUGAGCAUAAGCAAAGUAGGUCCAAGCGUGAAGCUAGGCCUUCAAAUGACCACAUUCCGGGCAUAAAGAUGAAAAUUCCGCCUUUCCAUACUUACUCGGAGGAGCAAAAGGUCAAGUUGGCCGUGGUCGAAUUCACCGACUACGCCGUUGUGUGGUGGGAUCAACUCUCUACUAGUCGAAGGAGGAGUCGUGAACCUACCAUACAAACUUGGACGGAGCUAAGACGACUAAUGAGGAAGCGUUUCGUACCAAGUCACUACUACCGUGACUUGUACCAAAAGCUUCAAACCCUCAACCAAGGAGCACGAAGUGUCGAGGACUAUCACAAGGAAAUGGAAAUACUCAUGCUACGGGCAGACAUCAUGGAGGAUCGAGAAGCAACAAUGGCACGCUUCUUGAACGGAUUAAGGCCCGAAAUUGCUGAUCAAGUGGAGUUACACCACUAUGUGGAACUUGGGGACUUGGUGGAGAAGGCCAUCAAGAUUGAAAGGAGGAUUAAGAGGAAGGAUUCAACUCGGAGUUACUCCAACUUUUCACCCUCUUAUCCCCGAACUACACCACCAAAGAAAGAGGAUAAAGGGCCGAGUAAUUCCAUCCCUUCAAGACCGAGGCCGGAUACGACUAAGUGGGAGUCUAAAGCAACACCAAAGACUGCCAUUGAGUUGAGCUUGGGGCGAAAUCGAGAUACUAGAUGCUUCAAAUGCCAAGGCCGAGGGCAUAUUGCUAGCCAAUGCCCGAACCAACGCACUAUGAUCAUCUUACCCAAUGGUGAGUUUCUCACUGAUGAUGAAGAUGAGAAGGAGGAGUUGCCAUCCCUUGAGGAAGAAGAGGAAGAAGAGGAAGCAUUGCCCAUCGAUGAACGAGUUGGACUCGUUGUCAGACGAGCCUUAGCAACCCAAGUGAAAGCCGCUGACCAUGCACAAAGGGAGAACAUUUUCUACACCCGUUGCUAUAUCAAAGGCAAGGUAUGUAGUUUGAUCAUAGAUGGAGGUAGUUGUGCUAAUGUUGCUAGUGCCUUGAUGGUGGAGAAACUAGCACUACCCACUCUACGACAUCUAACACCGUAUCGUUUGCAAUGGUUGAACGAUAGCGGUGAUGUUCGUGUGACCAAGCAAGUCCAAGUACCUUUCCGAAUUGGAAAGUAUGAGGACGUGGUGUUAUGCGACGUGGUCCCUAUGCAAGCAUGUCACAUACUAUUGGGGAGACCAUGGCAAUUCGACAAGGGAGAUUAUGAGGAUGUCUUUCCCGAUGAGAUUCCAAAUGGACUACCACCAAUAAGGGGAAUUGAGCAUCAAAUUGACUUGGUUCCAGGUGCCCCACUUCCUAACAGACCAGCCUACAAAAUGGGUCCAGAUGAGACAAAGGAGCUCCAACGCCAAAUCGAAGAGCUUCUAACAAAGGGAUGGGCACGAGAAAGCUUGAGCCCAUGUGCGGUUCCCGUCAUCUUGGUGCCUAAAAAGGAUGGAAGUUGGCGAAUGUGCACUGACUGCUUUGUUGUGAGUAAACAGGGAAUCAAAGUGGACGAGGAGAAGGUUAAAGCAAUUCGAGAAUGGCCUACUCCAAGCACGGUGGGUGAGGUACGUAGCUUCCAUGGUCUUGCUAGUUUUUAUAGACGAUUUGUUAAAGAUUUUAGUACCAUUGCUGCACCUCUAACUGCUGUAAUUAAGAAAAAUGAGCCAUUUGUGUGGAGAGAUGCUCAAGUACGUGCUUUCCAAAUGCUUAAACAUCAACUCACACAUGCACCACUACUUGCAUUACCAUGCUUUGACAAGAUGUUUGAAAUAGAGUGUGAUGCAUCUGGGGUGGGUAUUGGAGCUGUCCUAAUGCAAGAGGGCAAACCAAUUGCAUACUUUAGUGAAAAACUCAAUGGGGCAGUUUUGAACUAUUCCACUUAUGAUAAGGAGUUGUACUCCUUAAUCCGUGCUUUAGAAACUUGGCAACAUUACUUGAGACCAAGGGAAUUUGUCAUACACACUGACCAUGAGUCGCUUAAGCACAUUAAGUCACAAUACAAGUUGAAUAAGCGUCAUGUUAGGUGGAUUGCAUUUAUUGAAACCUUCCCUUAUGUGAUUAAGUACAAAGUGGGGAAAACUAAUGUUGUUGCUGAUGCAUUAUCACGUAAAUUCUACAUCCUUGAUGGAUUUCUUUUCUACCUCAAUCGACUAUGUAUACCUAACUGCUCUAUUCGCUCUUUACUUGUUAGGGAAGCACAUGGAGGUGGCUUGAUGGGACACUUUGGCGUGGCUAAAACCUUAGCUAUCCUUCAAGAGCACUUCCAUUGGCCAAGGAUGAAACGAGAUGUGGAGCGAAUGGUGGCUAAAUGCAUUACUUGCCACAAAGCUAAGUCUAAACUUCAACCCUAUGGCCUUUAUAGUCCUUUACCUGUACCUAAGGAACCUUGGACCGACAUUUCCAUGGAUUUUGUUUUAGGGUUGCCUAGGUCAAAGAGGGGAAAUGAUAGCAUCUUUGUUAUUGUUGACAGAUUUUCAAAAAUGGCACAUUUUAUACCAUGUCACAAAACAGAUGAUGCAUCGCACAUUGCUGAUUUAUUUUUCAAAGAAAUCAUUAGAUUGCAUGGCAUGCCUAGGACAAUUGUCUCUGAUAGGGAUGUCAAAUUUUUGAGUUACUUUUGGAAAACUUUGUGGGGAAAAUUGGGUACCAAAUUGCUAUUUUCUACUACUAGUCACCCACAAACUGAUGGCCAAACUGAGGUUGUCAAUCGUACACUAUCUACACUCUUGCGUGCCAUCAUUAGAAAAAACAUUAGAACCUGGGAAGAGUGUUUACCCCAUGUUGAGUUUGCAUACAAUCGUACGGUGCAUAGUUCUACUCAUUUUUCACCAUUUGAAAUAGUCUAUGGUUUUAACCCUUUAACACCACUAGACUUAUCACCUUUACCCUGGGUGUGGUUACAUCUACGCAAGGAAAGGUUCCCAGUCCAAAGGCGCAAUAAAUUACUUCCCCGAGGAGAUGGGCCGUUCCAAGUCAUCAAGCGCAUCAAUGACAAUGCUUACAAACUGGACCUACCCGACGAUGAAGCUGAUUUGAGGACAAAUCCUUUUGAAGAGGAGGGGGAUGAUACGAACCAAGAGACACCAUUGCGAACUAUUCGAGUUCCCCUAGGACCCGUAACUCGAGCACGAGCUAAGAAGAUGAGGGAGGAACUCCAAGGACUUGUUCAUGAGAUAGUUUACCUUAGCAUGGAUUCUCACCCUUUUGACAAUAAACUUAACAUGGAGGCCUUGACGAACCAACUUGAGAACCAUCAACAACGAAGUAACUCGGUUCAUGGAGGAAGCAAUAGGGAUGAAUCCGGUCCUAUGCAUGGCGGAGAUGAGGAAGACCGACGGCCUAGAUAUGCUCACCAAGACCAAAGAAGGAACGAUGAUGCACUCAAAGAAAUCAAAAUCAAAAUCCCCUCAUUCCAAGGGAAAUCCGAUCCGGAUGCCUACUUGGAGUGGGAGAAAUGCAUCGAGAUGAUCUUCGAAUGUCAAGACUAUAGGGAGGACCAAAAGGUAAAGCUUGCCACUCUCGAGUUCACGGAUUACGCCAUUAUCUGGUCGGAUCAAGUGCGACUUAGCCGAAGGAGAUGUGGAGAACUACCUGUGACCACAUGGCAUGAACUUCCCAGGUUGAUGAGGAAACGGUUCAUUCCAAGUCACUACCACCGAGACCUUUAUCAAAAACUACAAAACUUGAGUCAAGGGUCUCGAAGUGUAGAUGACUAUUUCAAGGAGAUGGAAAUAGCCAUGCUACGUGCCGAUGUAGUGGAGGACCGGGAAGCGACAAUGGCUAGGUUCUUAACUGGGUUGAGACCCAAGAUUGCAGAGGUAGUGGAGUUGCAUCACUACGUGGAAAUCACGGACAUGGUGGACAAAGCUUCCAAAGCGGAGCGUCGCCUCAAGAGGAGGGAUGCCACUCGACUCACUAGUACACCGGUUAGCUCGAAUUGGAGAACAUAUCCGCCUACGAAGGAGAAGAAACCGAUUAUGGGAGCUUCGGGAAGGAUACCAAGGCGGUGA